GUGACCACAGACGUCAGUAACUCUGACGUGAUGCCUAAUGGUGACUGGUACUACCAGACUCAUUCCUACCUGGAGUACACCCCAACUUCCGGAGAAAAAAUUGCCUGCAUGGUCGAACACCUUGGUCUCUCCGAGCCGAUGUUUGUGGUCUGGGAUCCCUCCCUCCCAGUGGCACAACGAACUCAGAUAGCUGUUGGACUGUGUGGACUCGUGAUUGGAUUUGUUAUUGCGAUAUCUGGAUUCAUUUACUAUAAUAAGAAGUCUGCUGCAUACAUCACUGUGUGUCAAAGACAAGUGUUCAUUCCUGUGGAAUCCCUUCCUGAAGCUGGAGCAACUUAACAGCCUGAGCAAACACUAUUAAUACGGGCACGCUCCAUCCAAGGUGCCCCAAAUAUCACAGCUCUCUGAAU